UUGUGGUUAGAUCAACCUAGAUAAGGCUCAAAUUUUCUUCUCCAUUCCUUUCAUGGCCGCGAAACUCUCUGCAUGUCUUCAAAUCCAUUUCAUUAAUCCACCAUCCUCCUCAGACACGAAACACCCCGUUCUGUCCAACUCCAGAAGAAGAAGAAAGCUGAACAUAUCUUGCAAUUCGUCCGAUUCUCCCCCAAAAGUUGCAGAAGAACAUCGCAACCAGAGAAAUGGCCGAUCUUUAUCUGAACAACUCAAGCCUCUGUCCACAACCCUUCUUUCCGACCAGCCAAAGCAAACAAAGAUCCAAUCCAAACCCAAACCCACUUGGGUCAACCCGACCCGUCCCAGACCUCCCGCUCUGUCUCUUCAUCGCCAGAACCGCUCUGCUUACUCCUACAACAACCCUCAACUCAGGGACCUAAAGAUAUUUGCUAAGAAGAUGAAUGAGCCUGGUCUCUCCGAGGAUGAUUUCUUGGCUGUUCUUGAGGAAAUGCCAGUACCACUCACUAAAGAGAACGCCCUAUUGUUGCUCAACAACAUGAUAAAUUGGGAAAAAUCCCUCCUUUUCUUCAAAUGGAUUAGGGCCAAAAACCAAUUUCCACUGGAAACCAUAUUCUAUAAUGUUGUUAUGAAGUCUUUGAGGUCUGGCUGGCAGUUUGGGCUUAUGGAGGAACUUGCUCUUGAGAUGGUGCAGAGUGGAGUUGGUCUUGAUAACAUAACAUACUCAACCAUCAUCACAGGGGCAAAAAGGUGUAAGCUUUCCGGCAAAGCCAUUGAGUGGUUUGAGAGAAUGUACAAGACAGGAUUGAUGCCUGAUGAGGUGACAUACUCAUCAGUUCUUGAUGUGUAUGCUCAGUUAGGGGAGGUUGAGGAGGUAAUGAAUUUGUAUGAGAGGGGACGCGCUAGCGGGUGGACCCCGGAUAAUGUGGCAUUUGCUGUUCUUGCCAAAGUGUUUGGUUCGAAUUCGGAUUAUGAUGGGAUUAGGUUCGUAUUGAGUGAAAUGAAGGAACUUGAAGUGAAGCCCAAUUUGGUUGUUUACAAUACUCUAUUGGAAGCAUUGGGGAAGGUCAGUAAGCCCGGUUUGGCGAAGUUCUUGUUUGAGGAGAUGUUGGAGAAUGGGGUUGAGCCGAACGAGAAGACCUUGACUUUCAUGAUUAAGAUUUAUGGGAAGGCAAGGUGGGGCCGGGAUGCCUUGGAGCUUUGGGAAAGGAUGGAGUCGAAUGGCUGGCCUAAAGACAUCAUUCUGUAUAACACGUUGUUAAGCAUGUGUGCGGAUCUUGGGUUGGUGGGAGAGGCUGAGAGGCUGUUUGGUGAUAUGAAAGGGUUGCCGGGUGGACCUGACACCUGGUCCUACACGGCCAUGCUCAAUAUAUAUGCGAGCGCAGGAGCUGCCGGUAAGGCUUUGGCUUUGUUUGAGGAGAUAUCUGAGGUUCGGGUUGACCUUAACGUUAUGGGGUGCACUUGUUUGGUUCAGUGCCUGGGGAAGGCAAAGAGAUUCCAUGAUCUGGUUAGGGUUUUUUAUUCGGCGAUGGAUAGAGGGAUCAGACCGGAUGAUAAGCUCAGCGGGUCAUUGCUCUCUGUCUUGUCAUAUUGUGACGUUGGGGGUGCAGAUGAGGAGAAGGUCUUUGGUUGUUUGCUGAAAGCCAACCCUGGCGUGGUUGCCUUCCUGAAGCUGCUGCUUCUUGGGCAAGACAGCAGCACAAGUCAUGAUGAUAAUGACUCUUUGAGAAAGGAGUUCAGAGAGAUUCUUGGGAACACUUCUCCCGGAUCCCGAAGACCCUUCUGCAACUGCCUGAUCGAUAUAUGUAGGAAAAGGAACCUCGGGAACCGGGCCCAUGAGCUGCUGUAUGCCGGGACCAUGUAUGGGCUCUAUCCUGGUCUGCAUAGCAAGACGCCUAAGGAAUGGUGUUUGAAUGUGCAGUCACUGUCCGUGGGUGCUGCCCAAACCGCAUUUGAGGAGUGGAUGGUGAGUAUUGUUAAAAUGGUGGAGCGGGAAGAGCCGUUGCCAGAGUUUCUCACGGCUCGCACGGGGGCGGGGACCCACAAGUUCUCCCAAGGAUUGGCUCAUGCGUUUGCUUUGCAGGUGAACACGUUUCAAGCUCCGUUUGAGGAAAAUACUGCGGGGGUGUUCGUGGCCAAUAGGGAUGAUUUAGUGUCGUGGGUUCAAUCGAAUGCUGCUGCUUCUUCUUUACUUGCUUAACCUGCAUGCUGCAUCACUGACCUAACUCUGAAUCGAUCAUUUCGUUCUGAUUUUUUGUUUUGCACCUAUUCCUGCUUCUAAGACAAUUGGCUCACUAUUUUUCUUCUCUUUCUGAAAGGAGUGUAUAAUUUGUAGGAAUUAGAAGUGGAAAUGAUGAAUUGCUCUCAUAAUAGUCGUCUGUAGGGAAAAAGUUGGUGUGGAAAGGCUAGUCUAGAGUUCUUGAGUCCAUUCCAAUUGUUCUUGUUUAUACGAAGGUUGACAGGAAAGAACUAAGGGGUGUUUGGAACGGAUUCUUCUUUUUUAAAGCAGAAUCAGAAUCAUUUUUGGAACUGAUUCUAGGGCUAUGUUUGGCAUACAAAAGCUGGUAGCUUCCGACUUAUCUAUUAUUUAAAAUGUCUCCAAAAGACUCUAGUUUUGUGUUUGGCCCGUUAACUUUUUUUAGAAACCUGGGUCUUUUACGAGGCUAAGGCUAUGUUUGGCACACAAAAGACUCUAGCUUCUAGCUUCUCUAUUCUUUAAAAAGACCUUAAAAGACUCUAGUUGUAUGUUUGGCAUGACAUUUUUUAAGAGCUUUUCAAAAAUUAAAAGAUCUUUUUUGAGAUGCUACCAGGUGUAGCAUCUGAGAAAAGCUCGUGACUUUUAGUUUAAAUUAGUCCUA